AUGAGUGAACGUCUAGCAAAACAAGCAAAAUUAACAAGUUAUUUUAUUCAGCAAAACCCUUCAGUUCAGAAAAAACCCGGAACUUCAUCGACCAGUGCUACUAGUGAAAUUCAUCCAGACUUGACUCAUCCAGACUUCGUCAUAAGUAGUGAAUGGGACAUUGGUGCAUACGAUUCAAAAGGAAAACUCUCGGACCAACAGAAGUACAACUUUUUGACAAACACUUGGAAACCUAAAUCGUUAUACAAAUUUCCCAGAGUUGAGAGGAAAGUAAAAGGAAAGGUCAGAUAUGUGUCAUUUCAGAGAAAAUGGCUAGAUGAGAUUAUAAAUGGUUGGCAUAUAGCCCAUCGCAAAAUGGUAGAUUCUGCAAAUCAUGCAGGAUAUUUGCCCCGGAAAGACAGCGCAUGCCACAAAGAAGUAUCACCAGCUCGCACACACGAAAGCCGAAAAUUUCAUACAAAUACAAAGAUCAUCGCGUGGAAAUGUUGUGGAGCAAAUGUCACAGAAUCGAGCGAUGAAAAUAGAAAGGGAAUGUUGUCGUUGAUCAACAUAGUAAAAUUGUGUGGCGGACAAAUGCUUUCCUUUCGUGGGCACAGAGAUUUUGGGAAAAUUGACCAACCCGAAGACUUCGAAACGAACGAGAAUAAAGGAAAUUUCCGUGCCCUGGUCCGAUUCCGAAUUCAAUCUGGCGACGAAGUUUUGCGCAGAUUUAUUCUUAGCUCUGGAAUAAACGCGCAAUAUACAAGCUGGAGCACACAAAAUGAAAUAGUGCAACUCUGCGGGGGAUUUGUUCGAAAGGCUUUGGUGCAAAGAAUAUCAGAAUCCGGCUAUUUUUCUGUGCUGGCUGAUGAAACCAGUGAUGUUUCAAACUGUGAACAAUUUUCGAUUUGUGUGCGAUGGUUCCAUUACAUUUGA